GUCGGGUCGGGUCGUGUACCUUUUGCCACGAAUGUUGUGCCAGUCAGGCUCUAAAAGGCCUUACGAGAACAGCUGAGAUUUCGCUGCUCCGCAUGACGCAAAGAUACUGAAACUGAAAAUUGAAAUUCUCCAAGUCUUUAAGAUAUCAUAUCUCGUGUGUGCGCCGAGCGGGAAAUUCAUAAGCAAAAAAGAAAAAAGAAAAAAACAAAAGAAAAACCAAGUGUUUUGUUAGUGAAUUCAAAGCUGAAAUGCUUUUAGCAUAUGCAGUCUUAAAAAUAAAUAAUAAUUUUUAACAUCAAAAAGAAAAGCAAAAGCUGACAUAUAAUUUUGGCUAACAAACGAAAUAAAAGGAUAAGAGCGGAAGACUCUGCCCCAUACAAAAAGUGUGAACCGUACUCAGUGCGUACAAAGUGUAUUCCAGCAAUUAUCCCACGUGUUCCGACCCGGCCGCCAAAAUUAUUACGCACAAUUCGCUGAGCGUGUACGGCGGCGGCGUCAUGUGCGCCUCCCCGUCCACGGCUCCCGGCUUCUUCAAUCCGCGCCCGCAGUCCGGCGCGGAGCUGUCGGCCUUCGACCUCGGCCUGUCCCGCUCGAUGGGGCUGGGCGUGGGUGUGCCGCCGCACAGCGCCUGGCACGAGCCGCCGACCUCGCUGGGCGGUCACCUGCAUGCCGCGUCCGCGGGUCCGGGCGCCACCGGCGGCAGCGUGGCGACGGGAGGCGGCGGCACCACCCCCAGCAGCGUGGCCAGCCAGCAGUCGGCGGUGAUCAAGCAGGAUCUGUCCUGCCCCAACCUCAAUCAGGCGGGAUCAGGAGGUCAUCAUCCUGGAUCAAAGAGAUCUCUCCAGCCUCCCAGCGCCAAUGGCGGAUCCGCCGGUGGCCAUCACUCUAGUGGGGGUUCGGGUUCCGGUUCGGGUGUAAACUCCGGCCACGGCUCCGACAUGCUGCCCCUGAUCAAGGGCCAUGGCCAGGACAUGCUGACCAGCAUCAAGGGACAGCCCACCGGUUGCGGCAGCACCACGCCCAGCUCCCAGGCCAACAGCUCCCACUCGCAGAGCAGCAACAGCGGAUCCCAGAUCGACAGCAAGCAGAACAUCGAGUGCGUCGUUUGCGGCGACAAGAGCUCCGGCAAGCACUACGGACAGUUUACCUGCGAAGGCUGCAAAUCUUUCUUCAAGCGCUCGGUGCGACGCAAUCUCACCUACUCAUGCCGCGGCAGCAGAAACUGUCCCAUAGAUCAGCAUCAUCGCAAUCAAUGUCAAUAUUGCCGAUUGAAGAAGUGCCUCAAAAUGGGCAUGCGACGCGAAGCUGUCCAACGUGGCCGCGUUCCCCCUACACAGCCCGGUCUGGCCGGCAUGCAUGGCCAGUACCAGAUCGCCAACGGGGAUCCCAUGGGCAUCGCCGGCUUCAACGGGCACUCGUACCUCAGUUCCUACAUCUCGCUGCUCCUGCGGGCGGAACCGUAUCCCACCUCGCGAUAUGGCCAGUGCAUGCAGCCCAACAACAUCAUGGGCAUCGACAACAUCUGCGAACUGGCCGCCCGACUGCUCUUCUCGGCAGUUGAGUGGGCCAAGAACAUACCCUUCUUCCCGGAACUUCAGGUGACCGACCAGGUGGCCCUGCUCCGGCUCGUCUGGUCGGAGCUGUUCGUCCUGAACGCCAGCCAGUGCUCCAUGCCGCUCCACGUGGCCCCGCUGCUGGCCGCCGCCGGACUGCACGCCUCCCCGAUGGCCGCCGACCGGGUGGUGGCCUUCAUGGACCACAUCCGCAUCUUCCAGGAGCAGGUGGAGAAGCUGAAGGCCCUGCAUGUCGACUCCGCGGAGUACUCCUGCCUCAAGGCCAUCGUGCUGUUCACCACCGGUAAGUUGCUGGACAUCCUGUACAAGGAUGUGCCGGCGCUGCUCACCAAGGUUUCAGCCCUGCUCGGCAAGGGCUCCAUGGCGUCCAACGACGAUGUCCUGGCCGUGGUGCGUGAUCAUCUAGACGAGCUGAAUCGCUCGGAGAUGGAGUCUCAGGCGUCGCAGCAGGCUCCGCUCCACCUGGCCGCCUUCAUGAAGAGCGUUGCUGGUGUUGAGGCUGCAGUGCAGCAGGCGGAGCAGGCUCAGGCUCCAACCUCCUCGGCCUCCACCUCCGCUUCCGCCUCUGCUCCUCUGGUUCCCUCCGCCGGCAGUGCCUUCAGCAGCUGCCAGGCCAAGUCCGGUGGUUCGGAGAUGGAUCUGCUGGCCAGUUUGUAUGCCCAGGCCCAGGCCACGCCCCCAAGCAGUGGGGGAGGCGACGCCUCUGGGCACAACAACAGCAGCGGGCUGGGCGCCUCGCUUCCUACUCAAUCGCAAAGCGGUUCGUCCUCCCGCAACCUAACCGCCUCGCCGCUGAGUACUUCGCUGGCAACCGCUCCCGCAUCCGCUCCUGCUCCCGCUCCCCUUCCCACCUCCUCAGCGAGCCACCUUCCGGUGACCUCCACCUCCACCGCCACCUCCUCCUCAUCUUCCUUAAGUGGUGGAGCCUAUCAGACGCCCUCGGCUGCGGCGGCGGCGGCUGCCAUGUUCCACUACCAAACGCCACCGCGCGCCGCCUUCGGCUCGGCCUUCGAUAUGUUCCACCACAGCACCCCCUUCGGAGUGGGGGUGGGCCACGCCCAUGCCCAUGCCCACGCCCUCGCCCACUCGGGUGGCAGUGGCAGCGCGUCCUUUGGCAGCCCCAGCUACAGGUAUUCGCCCUAUAGCCUGGCCGGUAGUAGAUGGCAGUUGUAGGAUCUCACAGAAGUCGAACCCCCCAGUACUGUAAAUUUACUUGUAUCUAUAGUGUUAGGAAACCAACCCCUUAAAAUCCUCUGUAUGUAUGUAUAUGUACUUACUUUAGUGCCUAGAAACUAGCUCUACCUAUUUAUUGCCUUACACUAAGUAUAAUUUAUUCUAGCCGUAAUUUCACAUAGACUAGCCUAGUGAACUUUGCCAAAAAAUUUGAUAGAACAAAGAAUCGACGAGGGAGAAGAGAAAAAAAGAAUCUUAAGAAUAUAUAUAAAGCUGUUGCUGUUAAACAAAAAUCUAAUCCUGGCCUGUGUUUUUACUCGUUAUCGCUUACUAAUGCUUUACAUCGCUUGUUGACUAAUUUUUAGUUUCUUAUUUAUUUGUUUAUUUUGGUUUA